GCACAGGAGGCGUUCAUUAUCCUCUUGCGUUUGAGCGAGCGAGCGAGCGUGCGAGAGGAGGAAGACGACGAUGGCUGGGGUGGCGGCGCUGCAGGGCGCGAUGGCGUCCCUCUCCGUCUCGGCGCCCGGCGCGGCGAGCACCAGCAGCUUCUGGGGGCACCCGCUCUCCACCUCCUCCGCCGCGCCGGCAGGGAUUAGAUUUAUGAUCAAGACAUGCCCAAUUCAAAUGAGGCUUAAGCGAUGGGAAAGAAAGAAGUGUAAACCAAACAGCCUUCCCGUUCUGCACAAGAUGCAUGUUAGGAUAGGCGAUACAGUACAAAUCAUCGCAGGGCGUGAGAAAGGUAAAGUCGGUGAAGUUACACGACUUUUUAAGCACAACAGCACUGUGAUAGUGAAGGACUUGAACUUGAAGUCCAAGCACAAGAAAGGCACAGAAGAUGAACCGGGUGAAAUUGUCAUGAUUGAAGGUCCCAUUCACAGCUCAAAUGUGAUGCUCUACUCAAAGGAAAAGAAUGUGGCGAGUAGGGUUGGACACAAAUUCCUCGAGGAUGGAACCAAGGUUCGUUACCUGGUCAAGACGGGUGAAGUAAUUGAUAGUGCUGAGAAUUGGCUGAAGGUAUUCAAGGAAGGAGGUUCGGAGGGAUCAUCUUAGCAUGGAAAGUGUACCCACGUUCUGAACUCUGCUUGCCUCUUGUAUUAUGCCCAAAUGAGUUGAUGUUUUUCUAGAUUCUGAGUCUUCUCUUGUAAAUUUUUAUACAGUUGCAGCAUUUUUGCAUCCAUGA